UCCAAGAAGUACAAAUUCAUCUGUAGGAGGGGAAAAAGAAGGUGAGACAUGGUUUGAGUCUUCAUGUAAAAAUUACGAAAAUAUUCUGUGAGGGAUACCGCUCAUCUAACUCCUGUUGACUGUGGACGAAGCACCACAGAGUCAAUCAUGUUUCUUGUUUCAUCUCUUUCCUAGUGAUCCGUCACCAUGAGUACGGACGCGGAGAUGAAAAUCUACGGCAAGGCUGCCAUAUACCUCCGUAAACCUGAGAGGGAGAGGAUUGAGGCACAAGCCGCACCCUUUGAUUCAAAGAACGCCUGCUAUGUGACAGAUGUCAAGGAGUUGUACCUAAAGGGUUUGAUCACUGGAAGGAAAGAGGGAAAGUGUACUGUGACAGUCACAAAUCCUGACGGGACUAAGCAGGUAAGCCUGAUCUGCAAAGUAUUCAAGUUAAUGUUUGUGUAAUUACUCUAUUCCUUGAAAAAAAAUCAUAAAAACUAUUAAAAAACCAAACAAUGUGAAAUCAGUAACAAAAGAUAGAUUAGCAUUUUUUAGUUUUUUUGUAAGCAGAAUAAAACCUUCAAGCACACCAUUUUUCUUACUGCUUUUUAAAAAUGUAUGGCAUUAUUGAUAUUGAUUAGUCAAGAAUAACCAUGUAUGUGUCAAUGGGUGAUAACAGGGUAGUUGGAUUAAAUGGCGGUAUGCAUGUUUUAAAAGAUUGAACUAAUUAAUGAGCAAAAAGCAUUCAGUCACGUCCAGUUUGAGCUGUGUGUAAUGUAGAUUUCUGACUGUUUCAGGAAGGAAAAGAGUUCAAAGAAGCAGACAUCUACCAGAUGAACCCCCCUAAGUACGACAAGAUUGAGGACAUGGCCAUGAUGACCUACCUGAAUGAAGCCUCUGUGUUGUAUAACCUCAAAGAGCGUUAUGCAGCAUGGAUGAUCUAUGUAAGAAACCUGCAUAAACAUACACUCACAUACACUCACAUAAGAAACACAUACAUACAGUGAGCUCCAAAGGUAUUGGGACAGUGAAAUUAUACAAUGACUAUGAGGUUAAAGUGCAGACUGUCAGCUUUAAUUUGAGGGUAUUUUCAUCCAUAUCGGGUGAACCGUUUAGAAAUUACAGCACUUUUUGUACAUAGUCCCCCUAAAAUUUAGGGGACCAAAAGUAUCGGGACAAAUUCCCUUAUUAAAGCAGUAAAAGGUGUAGUAUUUUGGUCCCAUAUUCAUCGCACGCAAUGACUACAUCAAGCUUGUGACUCUACAAAGUUGUUGGAUGCAUUUUCUGUUUGUUUUGGUUAUGUUUCAGAUUACUUUGUGCCCAAUAGAAAUCGAUGGUAAAUAAUGUAUUGUGUCAUUUUGGAGUCACUUUUAUUGUAAAUAAGAAUAGAAUAUGUUUCUAAACACUUAAUGUGGAUGCUACCAUGAUGACGGAUAAUCUUGAAUAAAUCGUGAAUAAUGAUGAGUGAGAAAGUUACAGACGCACAAAUAUCAUACCCCCCACAUAAAACGCUAACCUUGCCUGUUAUUGUAAUGGUGAGAGGUUAGCAUGUCUUGUGGGUAUGAUAAAUUGACAGUCUGCACUUUAACCUCAUUGUCAUUGUAUCAUUUCAAAUCCAAAGUGCUGGAGUACAGAGUCAAAACAACAAAACAUUUGUCACUGUCCCAAUACGUUUGGAACUCACUGUAAAUGAAGGGCAGAACACAGCAGCCCAGUAUACCAAAGUACACCCACAUCCUCACAUAAAUCCAGGUAAAAGUCUGAUUUACUAAUCCCCUAAUUUAAUUGAAUCCCUUUCAUCCAGACCUACUCUGGGCUCUUCUGUGCCACGGUGAACCCCUACAAGUGGCUCCCCGUGUACGACGAAGAGGUUGUCAACGCCUACAGAGGGAAGAAGAGGAUGGAGGCUCCACCCCAUAUCUUCUCCGUCUCUGACAACGCCUUUCAGUUCAUGAUGAUUGGUACGAGCUCUCAUGGAUGGAUGGAUGGAUGGAUGGAUGGAUGGACGGAUGGAUGGAUGGAUGGAUGGAUGGAUGGAUGGAUGGAUGGAUGGAUGGAUGGAUGGGUGGAUGGAUGGAUGGAUGGAUGGAUGGAUGCAUUGAUGGAUGGAUGCAUGGAUGGAUGGAUGGAUGGAUGCAUUGAUGGAUGGAUGGAUGGAUGGAUGGAUGGAUGGAUGGAUGGAUGGAUGGAUGGGUGGAUGGAUGGAUGGAUGGAUGGAUGCAUUGAUGGAUGGAUGCAUGGAUGGAUGGAUGGAUGCAUUGAUGGAUGGAUGGAUGGAUGGAUGGAUGGAUGGAUGGAUGGAUGGAUGGAUGGAUGGAUGGAUGAAUGAAUGGAGGGAAUCUACUGUUUUCUCAUCUAGGUUAGAACAGUUUGCUGGGAAUUUCUGAUUUCAUUAGCCUCCAAUGGAAAAUGUUCCAAAAUGAAAUUCAUGAUGAUGCUAUGAAUGCAAUAAUGUACCCAUGAUGUUGCUUGAGUAUAAUAAACAUGAUGUUUUUUGGUUCCAGAUAAGGAGAACCAGUCCGUCCUGAUUACGUAAGUUAUUUACUAUCAUGUCAAUUGAGAAGGUGUUUCUAUUGUAAUAUGUUGGGUCACUGGGUGUUAUAAAAUACAUGACAUUAUGAAUGGAUAAGGCUAUGCAUAAUAAUGAGUCGAUGAGUGGGAAUAUUUGUUAAUUAUUUACUUAUGUUAGAAAACAGGCCAACAGUGUAUUUUUCAAUGCUAUUUCGUAGUGAAAGCCAAAUCUGACACAAUCUGUGAGUAAAACCCCUCGAUCUCUGUCAUAUUAUCCAGUGGAGAAUCCGGUGCAGGAAAGACUGUCAACACCAAGCGUGUCAUCCAGUACUUCGCCACCAUUGCAGUGUCUGGUGCCAAGAAGGAAGUAGACCCAAGCAAAAUGCAGGUAGGUUGUGCAUUUUUAACACAUUUCAGUUCGGUGGGCUGUGUAAACUUUUAUUUUCCAGAAAAGUGUUUACCAGUUUCUAAGCAACUUGUGUUUGUCUCAAUCAGGGGUCUCUUGAGGAUCAGAUCAUUGCAGCUAACCCUCUGCUGGAGUCUUAUGGUAAUGCCAAGACAGUGAGGAACGACAACUCGUCUCGCUUUGUAAGUAUGAAGGGCAUACUGUGGAAGUGACCUUAUAUUGGGGGAAAAACAUUUCAGUAGUUCCUUAUAGUUAUAUCAAUAGAUGUCCAACAAACUAACAUUUCAAGGGGUCUAUCAAAGUAAAUAUAAUUAUUUUGUAUACAUAUUUCUAACCCCCAUGCUCUACUAUAGGGUAAAUUCAUCAGGAUUCACUUCCAAGCAGGCAAACUGGCUAAAGCUGACAUUGAGACCUGUAAGUUGGUUUUGAUAGUUUCUCAAUGCUUUCCUUAAUUCACUGAAUAUUUUUCGGAGAUCAUAUAAUCAAAAUGUAAUGUUCUCACUCUCUCUCCCCUUUUCCUGCUCUCUCUCGCUCUCGCUCUCUCACACUCUCUGUCUCACUCGAUCUCUAUCUCUCUCUCUCAGACCUGCUGGAGAAGUCCAGAGUGUCCUUCCAGCUGCCCGAUGAGAGAGGCUACCACAUCUUCUACCAGAUGAUGACAGGCCACAAACCUGAGCUAGUUGGUAAGGCAAAGGAGAGGUUGAGGUGAAAUGAUUCCCAGCUCUAUCUGGGAAAUCAACAUUAUGCGAAAAUGGCGCGUUUCUGUGUUUUGUAGUAAAAAAUAUAGAGAAAAUGUUUCCAAUGACAUCAACAACCAAUUAGUAGACAAUUAGUAGGUUCAAAUCACAUGAUGCACAUCGAUGAUGUCAUUGGAAAACCUUUUCUUCCGCUCUUUUUUAAAACAUAACAAACAGCCAUUUUCUUUUAUGUUGACGUUGGAGCUUUAUUUUAUUUUUUAUAUCAUGUUGAGGAAGGAAGAUUCUGACAUGAUGAAUAUGAAGAUGAACAAUUUAGAAACGUCUCUUAGAAAGUUCAUAGUCCACACUAUUAAUACUAUUACAAUGAGUACAUCCAAGGUAACAAGGCACCUAGACAUGGGUCCGGUCUUUAAAUAUCCUUUAUGGGAAAGAUCUAUCAAGUAAUGCACUGUGAUGCACUACUCCAGGAGGCUCAGUCCAGUCUGUUGAUGCUAUUUAUUAUAUACUACAUGUAUCCUUGAGUCCAUCUACUGAGUAAAGGAGGGAGAGAUACCGUAAAGGUAGGACAGUGGAAUUCUACAAGACUUAAAUGACAAGCCGUUCUCCGUUGUCCACAGAAAUGACGCUCAUCACCACCAACCCCUACGACUACCCCAUGAUCAGCCAGGGUCAGAUCACUGUGGCCAGCAUCAACGACAAGGAAGAGCUGGAUGCCACAGACGUGAGUCAUACAAAGGGUUAACCAAACUCUAGAUAUGGAAUGGGUAGGACCACCAUACACACUGAAUGCACUGUGCAAUUCUAACUUGUGGCAGCUGGGCACCUUUGUGUUAGUUAGGCAUGUGUCUCAAGGCAGUCGUCAUGCCUCCACACUUCACCUUUAGGUACAUGUAAGACAUCCACAAGAGAGUGCCACUAAGUGCCUUGUGGAACUGUGUAAAACUCAUUUUGUGGUGCGACAUACUAGUGUGCUGGCCAAAAGUAAUCAUGUGGAACAGAGUAGCCAGUCAAAUCUAUCCAUCCCAUUUGUUCUGGAGUGAGCACAGAACUGUAGUGUAUUGUAACUGAGCAAACUACCGUUCAGUUCAUCACUGUUGUACUUCCUCUCUAAUGCCAGGAUGCCAUUACAAUCCUGGGCUUCACUAAUGAUGAGAAGAUGUCUAUCUACAAGCUGACAGGAGCUGUAAUGCACCAUGGAAACUUGAAAUUCAAGCAGAAGCAGCGUGAGGAGCAGGCCGAACCAGACGGCACAGAGGGUGAGUCCCACUCAUAGAUAUACAACAUGUAAAGCAUUAGUCCUAUUCCUAAACAUAGAGAUAGGAUACGUUAGACAGACAGUACCACAUGAAAGUCAGGCAGGAGAUACAAACUAUUUUGUCAGUGUGACAUCAGAAACAAGCGAUCUUGUGUGCCUGAGUCUGUUGAUGUUGGCUCUCUCUCCAGUGGCUGAUAAAAUCGGCUACCUGCUGGGCCUGAACUCAGCUGAGUUGCUGAAAUGUCUGUGCUACCCCAGAGUGAAGGUUGGCAACGAGUACGUGACCAAGGGACAGACUGUGCCUCAGGUAAGGUGAAACACAGCAUCUACCAUUUUCUGAGCACCGGAAUUCUUUUGGGGAGGAGAACGUUGCCUUUUUUUUCAAUAGUAGGCCUAAUGUUGUUUUUCCCAAGCGCUUAUCACCUUAUCACUAUAUUUGGUCAAUAACUCAUGUAUUAAUUUGAGGUAUUAUCAUUGCAGGUUUAUAACGCAGUCAUGGCUCUGGCCAAGUCCAUCUAUGAGAGGAUGUUCUUGUGGAUGGUCAUCCGUAUCAACGAGAUGUUGGACACCAAGAAUCCAAGGCAGUUCUAUAUUGGUGUGCUCGACAUUGCCGGUUUUGAGAUCUUUGAUGUGAGUAUGAGACCAGAACAAGACAAUUAGUUGUGAUUGAGAGGGAUUACAGCCGUGUACGAUGAAAUUAGCCUUUUUGAAAUUCCUUCUACAGUACAACAGCAUGGAGCAGCUGUGCAUCAACUUCACCAAUGAGAAACUGCAACAGUUUUUCAACCACACCAUGUUCGUCCUCGAGCAAGAGGAGUACAAGAAGGAGGGAAUCGUCUGGGCCUUCAUUGACUUCGGCAUGGACUUGGCUGCCUGCAUUGAGCUUAUUGAGAAGGUAAACUGUCUGUGAGGAUUAUAAUGGAUCACAACAGCAAAGCUCAUAGGGAGCGAUAUGUGAUAUAUUAUCACAGUGGUACAACGUAUCUGACGGUUAAGAACUCAAAAUGUAUCCUAUUAUGUGACCCUGAAGGAAUAGCAUCCUAUAUUACCAUGUUUGAUAAAGGAAUAAAUGUGGUCCUAAAUGUAAAUGUAACUCAUUUGAUAUCUCUUUUCAUAAAGCCAUUGGGCAUCUUCUCCAUCCUUGAAGAGGAGUGCAUGUUCCCCAAGGCUUCAGACACUACCUUCAAGAACAAGCUCAACGACCAGCAUCUUGGCAAAACCAAGGCGUUUGAGAAGCCAAAGCCUGCCAAAGGCAAAGCAGAGGCCCACUUCUCUCUCGUACACUAUGCCGGCACUGUGGACUACAACAUCACUGGCUGGCUAGAGAAGAACAAGGACCCCCUGAACGAUUCAGUUAUUCUGAUGUACGGGAAGGCCUCAGUCAAACUGUUGGCCGCCCUGUACCCUGCUGCCCCACCUGAGGGUAAGACCAGCAUCACGUCAAAAUAUUUAACCAAGCAGUAGUUACAAGUCAGACCCACAUUUUCUUUAAAGGAUUACUUCAGGAUUUUCGCAAUGAUACCAUUUAUGUACUUCCCCAGAGUCAGAUGAACUCGUGGAUACCAUUUUUAUGUCUCUGUGUCCAGUAUGAAGGAAGUUAGUUAUGUUUAUUAUCUAUCCUGCUGCCUAGUCACUUUACCCCUACCUGUAGACCCAGUCGGUAUUAGAUAGAACGUCACCGCCCCACCCGCCUGUGGGGAAAACAACCUGUCGUUACCUAGGUUACCCCAUUGGCUCAAAGCAAAUACUUGGCCUUUUUCAAAGGCAAUUUUCUUUUUGUCUUCUUGUUUUAGUCAAUUACAAAACUACAUUUAUGCAAAGUUCAACAAGUUUAAAGAUUACUUUUCAACACUGCCUGUGUUCUCACUACUUAAAAUAACUUAAUAUUGUCCCUCCGUUUCAUGACGGUGCUAGAAGCCACGUGAGUGAGCGAGCGCUAGCUAGCUACCAACCGGAACAUUAAGCUAGCCAGGACCAACAACACAAACAAACGGACUACACAGCUACAAGUAGUGAGUGGCGUUACAAAACAGACUACCCUAUAACAAGUUAAAUGUCUUACCGGUGAAUAAAUGUUUUCCACACACAUAGCUUCGUGUAGCCUACUUGGACAUCAGGUUCCCACUCUUCCACGCCGAAUAGCCUGAAGUCGCAGGCUCUAUUUCCCUAUGUAGGAGCGUUGUGAACCAUAGGUUGGGAUGUUUGACCUGGUUACAUGUACAACAACACAGGAGCUUUUCAGCAUGUUUUGUUAGUUCUGUAUAACCAACAAAUAUCUUACACUGGGAUGGGAAAGAAUGUUUGUUUUCCCCAAUUUGUUGGUGUGGUCGAGGGGGAAUUCAAUAUUAUCAUGUUUAUAUUGACUCUGACUACAUCACCAGGCGGUAAACUAGUUAAUAGACCAAUAAGAAAAAGAGUUUCAAACCUCUCUGCCAAUAGCAGCUAGUUUUCAGUUUUCCUCUCCCCAUUCAGACCACUCCCAGAUAGUCCUAGCUAAAUUCUUGCUUCAGAAAUUGCUCUUUGCUAAGGAGCCAUUUUUGUUCCUUUUUGACCAUUUUAACUGAAAACAAUCACAGUAAGGUACUUAAUUGUUACCCAGAAAUGAUCUGAUAUUGAGAUAAAAACGGUUCAACUUUACAGAACCCUGAACAGCUUCUACCCCCAAGCCAUACGACUACUAAAUAGUUAACCAAAGCUACCCAGACUAUCUGCAUGGAACCUCUUAUGACUCAUCACAUACGCUGCUGUCUAUCCUGUUGCCUAGUCACUUUACCCCUACCUACAGUAUACUGCUGCUACUGUCUAUUAUCUAUCCUGUUGUCUAGUCACUUUACCCCUAUCUACAGUAUACUGCUGCUACUGUCUAUUAUCUAUCCUGUUGUCUAGUCACUUUACCCCUACCUACAGUAUACUGCUGCUACUGUCUAUUAUCUAUCCUGUUGUCUAGUCCCUUUACCCCUACCUACAGUAUACUGCUGCUUCUGUCUAUUAUCUAUCCUGUUGCCUAGUCACUUUAACCCUACCUAUAUGUACAUAUCUACCUCAAUGACCUUGUACCCCUGCACAUCGACUCGGUACCACGUGUAUAUAGCCAAGUUAUUGUUAGUCAUUGUGGAUUUAUUCCUCGUGUUAUAAUUUUCUAUAUUUUUCACUCUGCAUUGUUGAGAAGGGCCUGUGAAUGAGCAUUUCACUGUUAGUCUACACCUGUUGUUUACGAAGCUUGUGACAAAUACUCAUUGGCAGCAUUUGCAUUAAGAUGAGUGUGUUUAUCGCGUUCAUAGUUAUCUUUUACUUUCCCCCAUAUUUUAACAGAUACAACCAAGAAAGGAGGCAAGAAGAAGGGUGGUUCCAUGCAGACUGUGUCUUCCCAGUUCAGGGUGAGCUUUUAAAAUGUGUAUAUUCAGUCCUUCAAAAGGUGCGCACAUUUACGUCAUUUAGCAGACGCUCUUAUCCAGAGCGACUUACAGUUAGUGAGUGCAUACAUUCUUAUUUUUGUUUAUAGAUGUAUUUUUAAUACUGGCCCCCCGUGGGAAUCGAACCCACAACCCUGGCGUUGCAAACGCCAUGCUCUACCAACUGAGCUACAUCCCUGCCGGCCAUUCCCUCCCCUACCCUGGACAAAUUGUGCGCCGCCCCAUGGGUCUCCCGGUCGCGGCCAUUUACGACAGAGCCUGGAUUCGAACCAGGAUCUCUAGUGGCACAGCUAGCACUGCGAUGCAGUGCCUUAGACCACUGCACCACUCGGGAGACAGUGAAAUGCCCAGUACAUCACUGGGGCCAAGCUUCCUGCCACCCAGGACCUCUAUACCAGGCGGUGUCAGAGGAAGGCCCUUAAAAAUUGUCAAAGACCCCAGCCACCCUAGUAAUAGAAUGUUCUCUCUGCUACCGCACGGCAAGCGGUACCGGAGCGCCAAGUCUAGAUCCAAAAGGCUCCUUAACAGCUUCUACCCCCAAGCCAUAAGACUCCUGAACAAUUAAUAAAAUGGCCACCCGCACUAUCUGCAUAAACCCCCCCCCCCCCCCCCCCUCUUUUACGCUGCUGCUACUCUCUGUUUAUUAUCUAUGCGUAGUCACUUUAACUCUACCUACAUGUACAAAUUACCUGGACUAACCUGUACCCCCGCACAUUGACUCGGUACCGGUACUCCCUGUAUAUAGCCUCGGUACCUCGUUAUUGUUAUUUUAUUGUGUUACUUUUAUUUUUUUAUUUUUUUUUACUUUUGUUUAUUUGGUAAAUGUUUUCUUAACUCUAUUUUCUUAAAACUGCAUUGUUGGUUAAGGGGCUUGUAAGUAAGCAUUUCACUGUAAGGUCUACAACUGUUGUAUUCGGCGCAUGUGACAAAUUUGAUUUGAUUUGAUAAUGAAUGAUUUCUGAGAGAAUGGUUUGCAACCCUCUAACAGGAGAACUUGGGCAAGCUGAUGACCAACUUGAGGAGCACUCAUCCUCACUUUGUGCGCUGCCUGAUCCCCAACGAGUCAAAGACUCCAGGUAAAUAUUGAGUUAAAUAUUAUCUUUUUAUUUUUUUUAUUUUUUGGGGGGGGGGAAUGGAUCAGCUUAAUAUUGCAGAUAGAUUGUAUCUUCUAUCAAUGUAAUUGUCUGCAUCACUUCCAAUCCCCCAUGUUUAUUUUUUAUUUUUAUAUAUAUAUUCCCCUUUAUUACUUUUCAACCCCACCAUCCUUUCCCUACUUGGAGUAAAUUAGUGAACAACAACGCCCAGGCCUCUACUUCCGGUCUAUACUUACUAUCUAAAUAUUAUCUUAUCAGUACAAUGUCAGUAACCUUAACGACCCAAAUCUUUAACCUGUUUAUGAGUAUUAAAAGAGACUUGGUUUGUUUUACCAGGUCUGAUGGAGAACUUCCUGGUUAUCCACCAGCUCAGGUGUAAUGGUGUUCUGGAGGGUAUCAGGAUCUGCAGAAAGGGCUUCCCCAGCAGAAUCAUCUAUGCUGACUUCAAACAGAGGUAGAUGCAUUGAAACACUAACGCACAAACACACACACACACACACACACACACACACACCUGCUCCAAGGGUUUUCCCAGCAUCAGAAUAGGCUUACCGUUCACUUAAUAUAACCAACCUAUUACAACUUGACAUUAUGUUAAAAAAUGUCUCCUCAUUCAGGUAUAAAGUACUGAACGCCAGUGUCAUCCCCGAGGGCCAGUUCAUGGAUAACAAGAAGGCUUCUGAGAAGCUACUUGGGUCCAUUGAUAUAAAUCACGAUGAUUACAAGUUCGGACACACCAAGGUCAGUCAAAUACACCCAGCCAUGGCUGACAACAAAACACAACUUCAAUCAUAUAAACCCCGAUUUAACUAAUGGAAAAGGUGGAAAAACAUUAGACCGCUUUUUCUUUAUUUGUUGUCAAACAUUACAAAUAUAGAAGAUAAACUAAACUUGUUCAAAUCAAUCUAGUGGUGUUGUUCCCCUCUAGUGGUGUUGUUCCCCUCUAGUGGUGUUGUUCCCCUCUAGUGGUGUUGUUCCCCUCUAGUGGUGUUGUUCCCCUCUCGUGGUGUUGUUCCCCUCUAGUGGUGUUGUUCCCCUCUAGUGGUGUUGUUCCCCUCUAGUGGUGUUGUUCCCCUCUAGUGGUGUUGUUCCCCUCUUUUGAUUCAACCAUUUCUCUCUGUCACCAUCUGACCGUGGUUCCAUUGACCAUGUUUACCUGUGUCAGGUGUUCUUCAAAGCCGGUCUGCUGGGUGUCCUGGAGGAGAUGAGAGAUGAGAAGCUGGCCGCUCUGGUCGGCAUGGUCCAGGCUCUCAGCCGUGGAUUCCUCAUGAGGAGAGAGUUCACCAAGAUGAUGGAGAGGAGGUGAGGAAUACUAGACAUCUUGGCAAAGCUUCCUGUCAACCACCUGUAUCUAAUGCAUUAUGAUGACAUACUGUAUAUGCUGUGAGUUGUUCACAAUGAGAAAAGUAUGUUUGGAAAGCUGUUCAAUUGUCCUUUAAAUUUGUGAUAUUAAAGCAUUCUUUUUUUAAGAAUACAAAAUGCCUCAAGAGCUUCGCAUAACCUGUCAGUCCUUGCAUCGAGAGCGCUGUCUAUGAAUUUAACAGAGGUUACAUUUACAUAGUACAUUUCAAAAAAUACAUUUACUGGAAAAACUGUGCCGAUGCGAAGUUUGCACCGUAAUUCUAUUACCAAUCUCCCUUACGGUAAAAUCGCCCGUAGUUCUAUUCUGUCAACUACCUUUGUAUCUGUACAGUUCUUCAUGUGAAUGUGUUUUUGUAAAAGUAGUCCUUGUUCAUAGAGUUGUAUGGUUUGUUAAACUUUGAAAUCAAUGGUGUUUGUUUGGUAUACAUUUUAAAGUGAAAUGCCUUCCACUACUAUGGAAUGAAUUGCCUGGUUACAUUUCUCUAGUCUCAUUCCUCAGCUGUAUACCAAAAGUGGGACAGGGCUCUGUUUUGUUAUUCUUUGACUCCCAGAAUGUAGCUUUAUUAAGGAUGUCACUCACCAUACCGCCCUAUCCUUUCUGUCAACCAGAGAUUCCAUCUUCUCCAUCCAGUACAACAUCCGCUCAUUCAUGAAUGUGAAAACCUGGCCAUGGAUGAAGUUGUACUUCAAGAUCAAGCCCCUGCUGAAGAGUGCAGAGACUGAGAAGGAGCUGGCCAACAUGAAGGAGAACUAUGAGAAGAUGAAGACAGAUCUGGCUAAGGCUCUGGCCAAGAAGAAGGAGUUGGAGGAAAAGAUGGUGUCCCUGCUACAAGAGAAAAAUGACCUGGCGCUCCAAGUCACAUCUGUGAGUGACCUACGACCCUCAUAAGGAAACAUUUACACACACACACACUGUGAAGUAUGUGGCUAACUCACACAUUUUUACAGCCCAUGUUAUAAAUAUAUUUCAUGAAUUUAUAUUGAUUUGCUAUGAGCUCUGACUAAAUGAAGUCUAUAUUUUGAGGUGGCUGAUUAUUUUCUCCUGUUCUGAAACCAGGAAUCAGAGAAUCUGAAUGAUGCUGAGGAAAGGUGUGAGGGGCUCAUCAAGAGCAAGAUCCAGCUGGAGGCCAAACUCAAAGAGACGACCGAGAGGCUGGAGGAUGAGGAGGAGAUGAAUGCUGAGUUGACUGCCAAGAAGAGGAAGCUGGAGGAUGAGUGCUCUGAGCUGAAGAAGGACAUUGAUGACCUGGAGCUCACCCUGGCCAAAGUGGAGAAGGAGAAGCAUGCCACUGAAAACAAGGUAUUGUGUUUUACCAGAGACAGUCUAACCAAACAAUAAUCAAAACAUAUCUCAACAGAAAUGGAAUUCCAGUUGUAUUGUGGGUGCAGGAAAAUUUUAGACACAAAUUUAUGGAAUUUCAGUUGCGGAGUACUCCCCACAUUCAUUGCAUGUUCUGUUCCCCCUCAUUUAUGACCUCCAAUCAGUACACUGGCAUGGUGUACACUGCCAUCUAGUGUUGAAUAUAUAGUAGAGUACUUGUUGACACAUUUCUAAUCUAAAUGAAGUGAAUGCAAUAUCUAUCAAACUAAAUCUCUCCUUUAUGAUGAAGUGACCAAAGACUAAUUUUGUUGUGGCCGUUUUCAGGUUAAAAACCUGACAGAGGAGAUGGCAUCUAUGGAUGAGAGUGUUGCCAAGCUGACCAAGGAGAAGAAAGCCCUCCAAGAGGCCCACCAGCAGACACUGGACGACCUGCAGUCAGAGGAGGACAAAGUCAACACUCUGACCAAGGCCAAGACCAAGCUGGAACAGCAAGUGGACGACGUGAGUGGAGUUUGACAUUUUGCCCAUGAUAGUAUAUAAAAUGAAAUUAUCUUCAGUUGUUUAGAUUUGAACAUUAUCUGUGUGUUUUUAUCAUAUAGCUUGAAGGUUCUCUGGAGCAAGAGAAGAAGCUCCGUAUGGACCUUGAGAGAUCCAAGAGAAAGCUGGAGGGAGAUCUGAAACUGGCCCAGGAGUCCAUAAUGGACCUGGAGAAUGACAAGCAGCAAGCUGAUGAGAAAAUCAAGAAGUAAACACAAACAAAUGACGACGGCAUUAGCUGCCAUUUUGAUCUAAAUAAUGGUUGUUCUUGACUAAUUUUCACGUGAUUCUUAACAGCAAACUGAAAUGGUAUGAUACUCUCUCUCUGCAAUCUACGUGUUUGUGUUUCUUAGAAAGGAGUUUGAGACCACCCAGCUCCUCAGCAAGGUUGAGGAUGAGCAGUCUCUGGGAGCUCAGCUGCAGAAGAAGAUCAAGGAACUCCAGGUACAGUACAGGAUCUAAGCUUUCAGUUCCUGAAAACAAUUAUUCUGGUAGCACACAUUUUUUCCUGGUGGCUUCUGAUGGCUCAGUAGGAUGGAAGAUGGUGCUUUAUACUGGUGCUUCUUACCAUUGUAAAGAUGGUGGUUCUUACCGUUGUGGUUUUGGUUCCUGCAUGGGACACUGUCUACGUAAUAUAUUAGUGGAACUGGCUUUUUAUGAACACAUUCAUUUGUUUCAACUGCAUUGUAGUGUUCAUCCCCCCUGCUCCUGCCCCCUGUUCUAGGCCCGUAUCGAGGAGCUGGAGGAGGAAAUUGAGGCUGAGCGUGCUGCCAGGGCUAAGGUUGAGAAGCAGAGGGCCGAUCUCUCCAGGGAACUUGAGGAGAUCAGCGAGAGGCUGGAGGAGGCCGGAGGCGCCACUGCUGCUCAGAUUGAGAUGAACAAGAAGCGUGAGGCUGAGUUCCAGAAGCUGCGUCGUGAUCUUGAAGAGUCCACCCUGCAGCAUGAGGCCACAGCCGCCGCUCUGCGCAAGAAGCAGGCCGACAGUGUGGCUGAGCUCGGGGAGCAGAUCGACAACCUGCAGCGCGUCAAGCAGAAGCUGGAGAAGGAGAAGAGUGAGUACAAGAUGGAGAUUGAUGACCUCUCCAGCAACAUGGAGGCCGUCGCCAAGGCUAAGGUGAGUAGUGAUGUUUUGUUCAAGCAGUGUUGAGUAGGGUCAACUAUAUUACCAUUCAAGUGAACUGAAGUUGACAGGAGUCCCAUAUAUGAAGUAAUGAUGGAACAUGUUUCACUAACAGGGCAAUCUGGAGAAGAUGUGCCGUACUCUUGAGGACCAGUUGAGUGAGCUCAAGACUAAGACUGAUGAAAAUGCUCGCCAGAUCAACGACAUCAGUGGACAGAGGGCCAGACUCCUGACAGAAAAUGGUACAAUCAUCAAACAACAACAACAUGUAUUGGGGGCUAUAUCCAGACAGUCCAGUCCACAUAGUUUCUACUGUACUAUUCACCACCUAACAUUGCCCUACGAUACCUAAAAAUACAUUUUCAAUCUGAGAGGUCAGAGACCCCAUUAACAAGAGGUCCCUCUUUCCCUACAGGUGAGUUUGGCCGCCAGCUGGAGGAGAAGGAAGCCCUGGUGUCUCAGCUGACCAGAGGAAAACAGGCCUUCACCCAACAGGUUGAGGAGCUGAAGAGGCAGAUUGAGGAGGAGGUCAAGGUAAGGAACCCAAAAUGGAUACCACCGACCAAAGAGUUUAGAGCCAUUUCUUCAUAUAGACGGUGACUACGCCACCCUCAGAGACUUUUGCUGUUAUUUGUUUUACUAUCUCUCUAAUCUCUCUCGUUGUCUUUCUAUUUCACAGGCAAAAAAUGCACUGGCCCACGGUGUCCAGUCGGCCCGCCAUGACUGUGACCUCCUCAGAGAGCAGUUUGAGGAGGAGCAGGAGGCCAAGGUAGAGCUGCAACGUGGCAUGUCCAAGGCGAACAGCGAGGUGGCUCAGUGGAGGACUAAGUAUGAAACUGAUGCCAUCCAGCGCACAGAGGAGCUGGAGGAGGCCAAGUGAGUCACACGCAACAGAAAAAACUCAAAUAUAGGGUGUGGAUGGUGAGGCUUGUAGGGGGCUGAAACAUGUUUUUACGUCCAUAUAUAUUGUAACAUUUCUACAACUUCUGUCGUCCAAAAGGAAGAAACUGGCCCAGCGUCUGCAGGAGGCUGAGGAGACCAUUGAGGCGACAAACUCCAAGUGCGCCUCCCUGGAGAAGACCAAGCAGAGGCUGCAGGGAGAGGUGGAGGACCUCAUGAUUGACGUUGAGAGAGCCAAUGCAAUGGCCGCCAACCUAGACAAGAAGCAGAGGAACUUUGACAAGGUGAAAACCUCACCCUAGGUUUACAUUUUCUGUCUGCUAUAUGAUCAAUUGUAGUAUAAUGGUACCAUAUUUCUGAUUCAAAACUCUUCAUCAAUCACUUCUAAUGAAAAUCCCAUGCAUUUCCUUAGGUUCUGGCAGAGUGGAAGCAGAAGUAUGAGGAGGGUCAGGCUGAGCUGGAAGGAGCUCAGAAGGAGGCUCGCUCUAUGAGCACUGAACUCUUCAAGAUGAAGAACUCCUACGAGGAGGCUCUGGAUCAUCUGGAGACUCUGAAGCGAGAGAACAAGAACCUGCAACGUGAGCAUUUAACGGCAGAUCUAUUUGGCAGAUCUAUUAGGGUUUUGAAAAUGGAGAGAACUGUAAUCAUCAAAAUUAUUACACUACUUUAGAACAGUAUAAAAUAUACUUUUUUGAACUAAUAAUCGGUAUUCCUUUGAAAAACCCAAGGAAGCGGGGGCAAUUAGAUUUGCAAGACCAUAUGAACUACAGAUUAAAUAAUUAAUUAAUUAAUUAAUUAUCAUUCAAUGUCAACUUGAGUGCAUUGGCGAUAUCCACUGAAAAUCUCCCAAGUCUAAACUGCACCGGUGUGUGUGUGUGUGCAGAGGAGAUCUCUGACCUGACUGAGCAGAUCGGAGAGACUGGCAAGAGCAUCCAUGAGCUGGAGAAGGCCAAGAAGACCGUGGAGACCGAGAAGUCUGAGAUCCAGACCGCUCUGGAGGAGGCUGAGGUACAAACUACAGCUGUUUGAUGGGAAAAGCAGUAUAACACUAGUCAAUGCCAGCUUCAGUCCAAUGCUCCCUGUAUUGGUGUUUAUUGUAGUCGUACACAUUUAAUUCCUUGUGUUAUACACAUCCAAAUGUAUUGAACACAAUUCACCCGACCGCUUCUCUUUGUCCAGGGAACACUGGAGCACGAGGAAUCCAAGAUUCUGCGUGUGCAGCUGGAGCUGAACCAGAUCAAAGGUGAGGUGGACAGGAAGCUGGCUGAGAAGGACGAGGAGAUUGAGCAGAUCAAGCGGAACAGCCAGAGGGUGGUUGACUCCAUGCAGAGCACCCUGGACUCUGAGAUCAGGAGCAGGAAUGACGCCCUGAGGGUGAAGAAGAAGAUGGAGGGAGACCUGAACGAGAUGGAGGUCCAGCUGAGCCACUCCAACAGGCAGGCCGCUGAGGCUCAGAAACAGCUGAGGAACGUCCAGGGACAGCUCAAGGUAAAGGGACUGGGACAUCAGGCUCAUAAAACUAAACAUGGGGAUCGAUUUGUUUGUGAAACUGUAGCAAAUAAUAGAACAGAGGAAUUAACUAAUAUACUGUAGAAAAGGUAGGGAUAAUGGGGAAAUUCUUACCAAUUAACAUUUCUAUCACCCAUCCUAUCGACUCUACUUCCACAAGUCCUAAUGAACCUGUCAUUGUGAACCCCAGGAUGCCCAAUUGCACCUUGAUGACGCUGUCCGCGCCUCAGAUGAUAUGAAGGAGCAGGUAGCCAUGGUGGAGCGCAGAAACGGUCUGAUGGUGGCUGAAAUUGAGGAGCUGAGAGUUGCUCUGGAGCAGACAGAGAGAGGCCGCAAAGUGGCUGAGACUGAGCUGGUAGACGCCAGCGAGCGCGUUGGACUGCUGCACUCGCAGGUAGGGGUCAAAAGCCACUUCUAAUUAAACUCAACCAAGCAUACAGUUUCUGGCUUGUAAGUUCUCUUGAGAUUCAAACAAAUUGUCUUGUUUCCUCCUCCAGAACACCAGCCUUCUGAACACCAAGAAGAAGCUGGAGUCUGACCUGGUGCAGGUGCAGGGAGAGGUGGAGGACAUCGUCCAGGAGGCUAGGAAUGCAGAGGAGAAGGCCAAGAAGGCCAUCACUGACGUGAGUCCUUAUGAUCUAUUGAAUUACAUCCACUUGAUUUGUCAACAAGGGCCAAUGGUAGCUGGGCUGGUUUACCACAACAAAAGAUCUCAGAGGGACGUUAUGAUUGGUGCCAAUUGGUGGAUAAAUUAAACAAACUACCAUUCCAGGCGGCCAUGAUGGCUGAGGAGCUGAAGAAGGAGCAGGACACCAGCUCUCACCUGGAGAGGAUGAAGAAGAACCUGGAGGUCACAGUCAAGGACCUGCAGCACCGCCUGGAUGAGGCUGAGAAUCUGGCCAUGAAGGGAGGCAAGAAGCAGCUCCAGAAACUGGAGUCCAGGGUGAGUUAACAGCAGGGUGGAUUAGGGUGGAUUAAGUCUUGCGUAGCUAUACUUCGAAAUCACGUUGUCGUUACACCUCCUUUGGAGGUCUGGAUAAUUUUGUAUGAGCCGAAACGGCUAGAAUGGUCCUGCUGGAAGCUCCAUUUUUAUUGGAUGUUACAUUUCCAGAACCCUCCCCCCACAUGAAGGAAUUACAACUCCUUUGCUUGAACACUCUCUGCCCAAGCAAAGGCAUUUGAUUGUUUUGGCGUGUUGCAAGGCGUCACUGAUUUACAACGGGUUUCCACACUUUUUUAGCUAAUUUCUGUCAUUUUCACCAGGCUUUCCGAUUAGGGAAGCCUGGUUCUCAAUGAGGUUAGGGCGGAUUGAAAGACUGAUUGCUGGAAAUGUAUUUGGUUAUAUACAGUGCAUUCGGAAAGUAUUCAGACCCCUUGACUUUUUCCACAUUUUGUUACGUUACAGCCUUAUUCUAAAAUGGAUUAAAUUGUUGUUUUCCUCAUCAAUCUACACACAAUACCCCACCUAAUGACAAAGCAAAAACAGGUUUUUAGAAAUGUUUGCUAAUUUAUUGAAAAAAAAAUCUGAAAUAUCACAUUUAUGUAAGUAUUCAGACCCUAUACUCAGUACUUUGUUGAAGCACCUUUGGCAGCGAUUACAGCCUUGAGUCUUCUUGGGAAUGACGCUACAAGGUUGGCACACCUGUAUUUGGGGAUUUUCUCCCAUUCUUCUCUGCAGAUCCUCUCAAGCUCAGUCAGGUUGGAUGGGGAGCGUCUCUGCGCAGCUAUUUUCAGGUCUCUCCAGAGAUGUUCGAUCGGGUUCAAGUCUGGGCUCUGGCUGGGCCACUCAAGAACAUUCAGAGAAUUGUCCCGAAGCCACUCCUGCAUUGUCUGGGCUGUGUGCUUAGGGUUGUUGUCCUUUUGGAAGGUGAACCAUCGCCCCAGUCUGAAGUCCAGAGCGCUCUGGAGCAGGUUUUCAUCAAGGAUCUCUCUGUACUUUGCUCCGUUCAUCUUUCCCUCAAUCCUGACUAGUCUCCCAGUCCCUGCCACUGAAAAACAUCUCCACAGCAUGAUGCUGCUACCACCAUGCUUCACCGUAGGGAUGGUGCCAGGUUUCCUCCAAACGUGACGCUUGGCAUUCAUCAGACCAGAGAAUCUUGUUUCUCAUGGUCUGUGAGUCCUUUAGGUGCCUUUUGGCAAACUCCAAGCGGGCUGUCAUGUGCCUUUUACUGAGGAGUGGCUUCCAUCUGGCCACUCUACCAUAAAGGCCUGAUUGGUGGAGUGCUGCAGAGAUGGUUGUUCUUCUGGAAGGUUCUUCCAUCUCCACAGAGAAACUCUGGAGCUCUGUCAGAGUGACCAUUGGGUUCUUUGUCACCUGCCUGACCAAGGCCCUUCUCCCCCGAUUGCUCAGUUUGGCCGGGCGGCCAGCUUUUGGAACCACCAAGACUUCCUAACUUCUUCCAUUUAAGAAUGAUGUAGGCCACUGUGUUCUUGGGGACCUUCAAUGCUGCAGAAAUGUUUUGGUACCCUUCCCCAGAUCUGUGCCUCGACACAAUCCUGUCUCAGAGCUCUACGGACAAUUCCUUUGACCUCAUGGCUUGGUUUUUGUUCUGACAUGCACUGUCAACUGUGGGACCUUAUAUAGACAGGUGUGUGCCUUUCCAAAUCAUGUCCAAUCAAUUGAAUUUACCACAGGUGGACUCCAAUCAAGAUGUAGAAACAUCUCAAGGAUAAUCAAUGGAAACACGAUGCACCUGAGCUCAAUUUCAAGUCUCAUAGCAAAGGGUCUGAAUACUUAUGUAAAUAAGGUAUUUCUGUUUUGUUUUUUUAUACAUUUGCAAAGAUUUCAAAAAAACAGUUUUUGCUUUGUCAUUAUGGGGUAUUGUGUGUAGAUUGAUGAGGAAAAACAUUUAUUUAAUCAAUUUUAGAAUAAGGCUGUAACAUAACACUGUAAAUGCACUGUAAAAAUACACAGGAGCAAUAAACCACCUAGAUAAUGAAAAGCUGUUAUCAUUACAGACCCCUUCAAUUAAAAUUGUACAAUUACAUAGGAACAGACAACAAUUGUGCCUCCUUGACUGAGUAGAAGAAUAUACCUCUGUUUUACAAAGAUUUGUUACGUCUGAUUUCACCCCCUCAAACAAAUGCCUACGUUAAUUUAUUUCACAAAAGGUGCGUGAGCUGGAGACUGAGGUGGAGGCAGAGCAGAGAAGAGGUGUAGACGCGGUCAAGGGAGUCCGCAAGUAUGAACGCAGAGUCAAGGAGCUCACUUACCAGGUAAGAUAAAUGCGUUCUUAUCUACACACACUUGACACUAACACAGACAGGUUUUGUGUAUAAAACUAUUGAUCUUCUCCCACAGACUGAGGAGGAUAAGAAGAACGUUGUCAGACUUCAGGACCUGGUAGAUAAGCUGCAGUUUAAAGUGAAGGCCUACAAGCGACAGGCUGAGGAAGCGGUGAGCCACAUAGUCAAAUACUCUCAAAGCAUACAUUCGAAAACAUAUUCUUUCCCUAGUAGACGUUACAAGUUGAAGUAAGUGUUGCUACUGCACAUCAGCAAACAAUGACUCAAUUGAUACUGCAAGUUGCUGAAGAAAUGAUGCACAUUUCUGAGUGCCUACUAUGCCUAGGCUAUGUGCUACCCAACCUAAAGGAGGGGGACUGGUCCAGUGGUAGUGCUGCCACCCCUGGAUCACAUACAGUGCCUCUUAUAAGAUGUUCUUUCUUCUUGCGUUACAAAGUGGGAUUGAAUUUGAUUUAAAUUGUGAUUUUUUUUUGUCACAAAAUACUCCAUAAUUUCAAAGUGAAAAGAAAAUAUGGAAUUGCGCUCAGUCAGAAUUGUUUUAUUUAAAAUGUAUGCCAAACAAAAACCAUUGAUUUCAAAGUUGAACAAAACCAUACAACUCUAUGCACAAUUACUAUUUUCAACAAUUUACACAAUAAAUAAAAGUUACACAUUUACUGGAAAAACUGAUGCAAAGUUUGUAAGAGAUUGAUGGUAAAAUGUCCAUCAGUUUUAAUCCGUUAAAACUUUGUAUAGUUCUUCCUGGGUCGUUCCAUUUCAUUUAAAUAACCUUUUGACCCCUUUUGAUUUGAACAAAACUUGCCAUACAUAUUUGCCCAUGGUAGAAGUGGUGAGAAAGUGCCUUUUCGGAACGGAAUACCAAAACAUUAUGGCGAUAGAGGUGCUCAAAGUUGACCCGUUUUGCAUACCCCACACUACCAUGAGACAUCCAUGUUUUCCUCACUGGUAAAGAUAAACGGUUGAGUUUGAUAACAUUUAAAAGCUUACAAAAAGGGUUGUCAAACUGUUAUAUAAUUGGAUGGUGUAUCAAUACACCCAGCCACUUCAAAGAUAUAGGCAUCUUUCCUAACUCAGUUGCUGGAGAGGAAGGAAACCGCUCAGGGAUAUCACCAUGAGGCCAAUGGUGAUUUUAAAACAGUUACAGAGUUGAAUGGUUGUGAUAUGAGAAAACUGAGGAUGGCUCAACAACAUUGUAGUUAAUCCACUAUACUAACCUAAUUGACAGAGUGAAAAGAAGGAAGUCUGUACAGAAUAUACAUAUUCCUAAACCUUCAUCCUGUUUGCAACAAAGGCACUAAAGUAACACUGCAAAAAAUGUGGCAAAGGAAUAAACAUUUUGUCCGGAAUAAAAAGCGUUAGGUUUGGGGCAAAUCCAACACAACACAUCACUGAGUAUCACUCUCCAUAUUUUCAAGCAUGAUCGUGGCUGCAUCAUGAUAUUGGUAUGCUUGUCAUCGGCAAGGACUAAUGAGUUUUUCAGAAUAAAAAGAAAUGGAAUGGAGCGAAGCACAGGCAAAAUAAUAGAGGAAAAACCAGGUUCAGUCUGCUUUCCACCAGACACGAAUUUACCUUUCAGCAAGACAACAUAAAACAUAAGGCCCAAGUCUACACUGGUGUUGCUUACCAAGAAGACAGUGAACCUUCCUGAGUGGCCUAGUUACAGUUUUCACAUAUAUUUGCUUGAAAAUCUAUUGUGAGACUUGAAAAUGGCUGUCUAGCAAUGAUCAACAACCAAAUUGACAGAGCUUGAAUAAUUUUUUUAAUAAUAAUGGGCAAAUAUUGCACAAUCCAGAUGUGCAAAACUCUCAUAGACUUAGGCUACCCAAACAAACUCAAAUUGUAAUCGCUGCCAAAUUUGUUUGUUUAUAACAUGUAUUGACUCAGGGGGGGUGAAUACUUAUCUAGUCCAGAUACAGUGUUUUAUUUUUCAAUAAAUUCUUAAAAGAUGUUCCAUCAGAUAAUCAAAUAUAUAAUCAUAAAAAAGUUAAUUUACAAAACAAACCCAGAACGCAAUUAUGUCAUUAAUUUGGAAUGGAUAACAUUGGUUCAUCAUCAACAAUAAUUCAUAUAAUUUGCCAGUUUGAUGUACAAUUGAUUAACACUUGCGUGAUGAUCCCUUCCAAAACAGUUUGCAGAAUAUUUCUCCGUAAACAAAUGUAAUGAGAAAGAAAUAACAGCAGUUGAAAAAUAAACCCAAAACCAACUCAAAAUGGCUACCAGUUCAACAAAAAACAUCCUCCAUAUGGUUUUGCAUACGUUCCAGAGUAUUUUGUGUAGAUCGUUGACAGAAAUAACAUUUAAAUCCAUUUUAAUCCCAAUUUGUAAGACUAUAAAUGUCAAGAAAUGCAAGGGGACAUAGGCACUGUAUUCCCCUGGAGGCAGUGGUUUGAUCCCCUGUUCCACCACUCACUUUCUCUGCUGUAUCGUCUAUCUCCCUAUAUACAUUGCUAUCCUAAAUUUGUCAAUAUAUUAUAUGCAAUAUAUAUAUAUAUACAGUGGGGAGAACAAGUAUUUGAUACACUGCCGAUUUUGCAGGUUUUCCUACUUACAAAGCAUGUAGAGGUCUUUAAUUUUUAUCAUAGGUACACUUCAACUGUGAGAGACGGAAUCUAAAACAAAGAUCCAGAAAAUCACAUUGUAUGAUUUUUAAGUAAUUCAUUUACAUUUUAUUGCAUGACAUAAGUAUUUGAUCACCUACCAACCAGUAAGAAUUCUGGCUCUCACAGACCUGUUAGUUUUUCUUUAAGAAGCCCUCCUGUUCUCCACUCAUUACCUGUAUUAAUUGCACCGGUUUGAACUCGUUACCCGUAUAAAAGACACCUGUCCACACACUCAAUCAAACAGACUCCAACCUCUCCACAAUGGCCAAGACCAGAGAGCUGUGUAAGGACAUCAGGGAUAAAAUUGUAGACCUGCACAAGGCUGGGAUGGGCUACAGGACAAUAGGCAAGCAGCUUGGUGAGAAGCCAACAACUGUUGGCGCAAUUAUUAGAAAAUGGAAGAAGUUCAAGAUGACGGUCAAUCACCCUCGGUCUGGGGCUCCAUGCAAGAUCUCACCUCGUGGGGCAUCAAUGAUCAUGAGGAAGGUGAGGGAUCAGCCCAGAACUACACGGCAGGACCUGGUCAAUGACCUGAAGAGAGCUGGGACCACAGUCUCAAAGAAAACCAUUAGUAACACACUAUGCCGUCAUGGAUUAAAAUCCUGCAGCGCACGCAAGGUCCCCCUGCUCAAGCCAGCGCAUGUCCAGGCCCGUCUGAAGUUUGCCAAUGACCAUCUGGAUGAUCCAGAGGAGGAAUGGGAGAAGGUCAUGUGGUCUGAUGAGACAAAAAUAUAGCUUUUUGGUCUAAACUCCACUCGCCGUGUUUGGAGGAAGAAGAAGGAUGAGUACAACCCCAAUAACACCAUCCCAACCAUGAAGCAUGGAGGUGGAAACAUCAUUCUUUGGGGAUGCUUUUCUGCAAAGGGUACAGGACGACUGCACCGUAUUGAGGGGAGGAUGUAUGGGGCCAUGUAUCGCGAGAUCUUGGCCAACAACCUCCUUACCUCAGUAAGAGCAUUGAAGAUGGGUCGUGGCUCGGUCUCCCAGCAUGAGAACGACCCGAAACACACAGCCAGGGCAACUAAGGAGUGGCUCCUUUAGAAGCAUCUCAAGGUCCUGGAGUGGCCUAGCCAGUCUCCAGACCUGAACCCAAUAGAAAAUCUUUGGAGGGAGCUGAAAGUCCGUAUUGCCCAGCGACAGCCCCGAAAACCUGAAGGAUCUGGAGAAGGUCUGUAUGGAGGAGUGGGCCAAAAUCCCUGCUGCAGUGUGUGCAAACCUGGUCAAGACCUACAGGAAACGUAUGAUCUCUGUAAUUGCAAACAAAGGUUUCUGUACCAAAUAUUAAGUUCUGCUUUUCUGAUGUAUCAAAUACUUAUGUCAUGCAAUGAAAUGCAAAUUAAUUACUUUAAAAUCAUACAAUGUGAUUAUCUGGAUUUUUGUUUUAGAUUCCGUCUCUCACAGUUGAAAUGUACCUAUGAUAAAAAUUACAGACCUCUACAUGCUUUGUAAGUAGGAAAACCUGCAAAAUCGGCAGUGUAUCAAAUCCUUGUUCUCCCCACUGUACAUAUUUGUUUUAAACACCUUUAAAAAAAUCAUUAAUUUUCAAACUUUGAAUGCUAAUGUUAUGCUCUCUCUCUCUUUUCCUCACCCAGGAGGAACAAGCCAACAGCCACAUGUCUAAGUUCAGGAAGGUGCAGCAUGAGCUGGAGGAGGCUGAGGAGCGUGCUGACAUCGCUGAGACUCAGGUCAACAAGCUCAGAGCCAAGACCCGCGACACUGGAAAGGUACAGAGCUGCUGCCUGAACCUAUACCUGACUCAUGCUAAAAUAUCAACACGUCAACACCACCUAUGAUUCAGUCUUCACAGAAGUCAAUACUAAUGUCUUACACUCACUCAUACGUAUUUAAGAUUCACUAUAUAUAUAUACACUAAAGUAUGUGGACACCCCUUCAAAUUAGUGGAUUCGGCUAUUUCAGCCACACCAGUUGCUGCCAGGUGUAUCAAAUCCGAGCACAAAGCCAUGCAAUCUCAAAACGUUGGCAAUACUGAGGAGAUCAGUGACUUUCAACAUGGCACCGCCAUAGGAUGCCACCUUUCCAACAAGUCAGUUCGUCAAAUUUCUGCACUGCUUGAGCUGCCCCGGUUAACUGUAAGUGCUGUUAUUGUGAAGUGGAAACGUCUAGGAGCAACAACGGCUCAGCCUCAAAGUGGUAGGCCACAAGCUCACAGAACAGGACCGGCAAGUGCUGAAGCGCGUAGCGCGUAAAAAUCUUCUGUCCUUGGUUGCAACACUCACUACCAAUUUCCAAACUGCAACGUCAGCACAAUAACUGUUUGUCGGGAGCUUCAUGAAAUGGAGGGUCCACAUACUUUUGAAUAUAUAGCGUAUAUAUUGCACGUUCAUUAUUACUACUGAUCCAUUCUUUUCUUUUGUUUCUUCUUACAGGGAAAAUAAGUUGCUGAAUAAACAAGAGAAGAAUUUGCUGAAUAAACAAGAGCAAAGUCUUAUAUCAUUUUCCUGUGUUGCAUAAAAUAUGAUUUUCAUGGUGAAAAUGAUCAUUGAUUAAAAACAUGUAGGCCUGCAUAC